AUGUCGUCGAUAUCUUUGUUCAAUGCCAAGGCGCUUAUCGGCACACUUUUCCGAUUCGCGACCCAGGGUCUGGUAUGCCAAGAUGCCCAGAUGCCAAGUUUACCUUGUCCCGUUGUCGUUCGCGUGGUCUCCCGUCUCGGCGCCGAGAUGAUUGCCUUCAGUGCUGAGAUGAUCGACUUUGUCGAGAUACAGUCGGACCGAGCAGGCUCCUAUUAG